AUGGCCCAAACAUUCAAAAUUCUGGUCUUACCCGGUGAUGGCAUCGGCCCAGAGGUGAUGAGCGAAGCUGUCAAAGUCCUCAAAGUUUUUGAAAGCCCUGAACGCAUGUUUGAAAUCCGUCAGGAGCUAAUUGGAGGUUGUAGUAUCGACGCAACCGGUAAGACUGUCACUGAAGAUGUGAAGCAGGCAGCACUGGGUUCAGAUGCCGUGCUUUUCGCAGCAGUUGGAGGACCGAAAUGGGACAAUCAACGACGUGGGCUUGAUGGUCCUGAGGGGGGACUUCUUCAACUACGAAAAGCCAUGGAUAUCUAUGCAAACCUGCGCCCUUGCUCUUCAACCUCACCUAGUGCAUCUAUUGCCAAGGAAUUCAGUCCAUUCCGACAGGACAUCAUCGAGGGAGUUGAUUUCGUUGUCGUACGCGAGAACUGCGGAGGAGCAUACUUUGGCCGUAAGGUUGAGGAGGAGACAUAUGCGAUGGACGAAUGGGGCUACUCUGAAGCUGAGAUCCAGCGUGUGACUCGUCUGUCCGCCGAAGUGGCACUGCGUCACGACCCUCCUUGGCCUGUGAUUUCACUGGACAAGGCAAAUGUCCUGGCCUCAUCACGGCUAUGGCGCCGGGUAGUAGAAAAGACAAUGUCAGCCGAGUAUCCACAAGUCAAGUUGGUGCACCAGCUUGCAGACUCAGCGUCUUUGAUUCUGGCAACAAACCCACGAUCACUGAAUGGUGUUAUCCUGGCAGACAACACCUUUGGUGAUAUGAUUUCUGACCAAGCUGGGUCGAUCGUUGGUACCUUGGGGGUACUACCGAGUGCCAGUCUCAACGGUCUGCCUGGAGACAAGACACUCAAAACACGACCGUAUGGACUAUACGAGCCCACUCAUGGUUCCGCUCCAACCAUUGCCGGGCAGAACAUUGCUAACCCUGUUGCAAUGAUUCUUUGCGUUGCUCUUAUGUUCCGGUAUUCUCUCAACAUGGAAGCUGAAGCGCAGCGUAUAGAGAAUGCGGUACGAAAGGUGUUGGACUCAGGCCUACGAACACCUGAUUUGGGAGGCAAGGCUGGAACUAUUGAAGUUGGGGACGCCAUCAUUUCUGCGCUAUAG